AACUGGGUGCAUAGCUACUUACUGGAGAGGAAACAGUUUGUGGGUAUUGAUGGCAGUAACUCAGACAGCUUACAUGUUCUCUCAGGUGUGCCCCAAGGUUCGGUUUUGGGUCCACUAUUGUUCAUUACGUACAUAAACCAAGUCACAGAUGUUAUUUCUCAAGACAGUAAGCUAAAUAUGUUUGCUGAUGACAUGGCCUUAUACAGAGUUAUCACAUCUACUAAUGACUACGUGAAUCUUCAAAAGGACAUUUCUAAAGUCUCAAAUUUUUUGAACACUAAAUUAUUAGAAUUUAAUCUUGGCAAGUGUAAGUUUAUGUCCGUUUCUAAGAAAACAUCGCGCUCAUUGAAGGCUCCAACUCUACUUCUAAAUGGUUAUGUACUGCAGCAGGUUUCUAACUACAAGUAUUUAGGAAUUACCAUAUCGGCUGACUUGAGCUGGCACACUCACAUCAAUACGAUUUGUAAUAAAACAAGGAAGUUGAUAGGUCUCCUACAUCGCAGGUUCUCUGAGAAUUCUUCUCCAACAACACUGUUAAAGUUGUAUACAUCGUUCGUGAGACCACAUCUGGAAUACGCAUCCUCUGUAUGGAACCCAUUUCACAAGUGUGAAAUAAACAAUUUAGAAAAAGUCCAGAGAUUUGCUAUGAGAGUCUGUCUGAAGAAAUGGAAUUUGAAAAGUGAAGAAUUACUCACCUUGACCAGGCUUCCUUCUCUGCAGCUGAGGCGCCUUGCUGCGGUGCUUUGCCACCUUUUCAAAAUACUACACAAUCUAACUGACUUCCCAAACAACCCAGCAACCAAGAGAAAUAUGACGUACAGUAGUAGAACUGUUAACUGUUUUACUCUGGUCCCCUACCAAUGUAGAACAUCCUUUUACAAAUUCUCAUUUUUUCCGCAUGCAAUCACAAUAUGGAAUAGGCUGGUUAGCCACAAGGACUUUACUUUAGUAGACUGUACUAGUAUAAGUUCAUUUAAGUCUCAUCUGUAUUCACAUCUAGUUGACAUGUUGUAACUAUUAAAACGUAUGUUAUAGGACUCACUUCACCCUAGCUUUUUAGCUAUUUGUGUA